AAGCAAACUAGACAUUGAAACGUGUGAGUGUGAGGGUUAUUUAUAAGGCACACAUCUCAUCGUUUUCUCUGUGCCUGGCCAUCCGGUUUCCCAGAUCUGCUCCUUCCUCACCCCACAGGCUGAUACUAGACUGUAACUUUCAGAAGUCAGUUGAAGAGCAUGGGUCGUGGAGUUAGCAGUGGUGGUGGUCAAAGUUCCUUGGGUUAUCUUUUUGGCAGUGGAGAGGCCCCUGCCGCAAAACCGGCAACAAACAAUGCCCCAGCCCAACCUGAAGUGCAGGCUGUAAAUAAUGCGCCUCCUUCAAAAGCAUCUCCUCCUACUAAAACAAUAGACCCUAACAAGGCUGCUGGUAUAAACAGUCAUUCUACUGAUGGCCAGAACACCGGCAACUUCAUCACGGACCGACCCUCAACCAAGGUCCAUGCUGCCCCUGGUGGUGGUUCUUCUCUGAGUUAUCUCUUUGGUGGACCUGGAGAGGGGAAAUGAUACCUUGCUUGCAAAGCUUUUGCUCGAUGAACGAUUUAUUUUGGAAAUUCAGGUCGUGGAAACAUAAUAGAAGAUAUGGUGUAUUGUAGGUUAUGGUUGCUUGGAUAAUUGGGUCAAGAGUGCUAUAUUUUGGAUGUGCUAAACAUCUAUUACAGAACUUUGUUUGACAGAAACUAAAAUUUCUAUUAAGUGCUCAUUUGCUUAAACUUUGUA